ACCUCACCGAAUCCAGGCCAACUCUCUGCGGGCUCCCUUCCCCCAAUAACCCGGUAUAUUACGGGUCACGACGCUUCCGGAAAAGCCAUCGUCCAGUCUUCCAACCCUGCCGAAUGGUCUUCCUUUGAGCACAACACCAUGGCAUUCACUGUAGCCUACACGACCUCGUCCUUCCCGGUGGACCUAGUCGACGACACCGAUAUCAAGGCACACGAGCGCAUCAUGACUUCCGAUAAACUGGGGCUAGUGAAUCCCGGCGGAACAGUCUGCAGAGUCGUGGACUUUGCGCCAAAGUCCCCGCCGCUUAUGCAUCGGACGCAGAGCUUGGAUUACGGUAUUGUCCUGGAGGGAGAGAUUGAGAUGCACUUGGAUUCUGGGGAGAAGAGGUUGCUCAAGAAAGGGGAUAUUGCAGUGCAGAGAGGGACAAUGCAUGCUUGGUAUAAUCCGAGUGAGACGCAGUGGACGAGGAUGGUUUUUGUUUUGCAGGAGUGUAAGCCGCUUGUUGUUGCGGGGCAGGAGCUCGGUGAGGAUUUGACCCAGGCGAAGACAGAUGAUAUUAAGCCGAGUCGUUAGUUCUGCUCGUCUGCUAGUGCGCACGGUCGACUAUUAGCAGACUUAACAUGACGUACGAUUUGGACUAUGAUAGUGGGAAUGCUCCAGCAAAAAGCAUGAAUGUGUUUACUGAGAUAGUACGUUGGUGCGUUCUAUUUGAGAUAUAUACAUUAUCCAGCUAUGCAAUCUUGAUGACAAUCUUCCC